GAAGGGGUUAUAAAGCUCACCGGAGAAACAAACCAGGAUUGAAAACUUUCAGAGCAACAGAGAGCUCACCGGCUCUUAUACGAUCAUGGUUGGAGUCCAAAGACCCACUCUUUCAUUCUGCUUCUCCACACUUACGGAUUCAUAGAUUUCACAGAGUUUAUCAAGUCUAAACUUAAUCGCCGUCAUUACCGGACAUUGUUAAGGUUGUUGAUACUAGGAUGUCAGUGUCUUGUUGUGAUCCUGUUGUUAAGUCAAAACGAGGAGAUUCCAAGAGUGUUACAACUAGUGUUGAUGACCUCCCCGAAGUCGCAUUGGUCGAAAUCCUUUGUCGAUUGCCUAGUUGCAAAUUUGUUGUUCAAUGCAAGUGUGUUUCGAAACGUUGGUGCAAUGUCUUGUCUGAUCAUUAUAUGAUCGGUCGUUUUCUUUGGGUGAAGUUGGAGAAGAUAGCCCCAAUUGUAACUCGUACUAGUCCUGUAGUUAACAGCAAUUUCGGGCGCCAGCUCUUCACGGCGGAGGUGUUUGGUAGGCUGAGGAGUUUGUUGGGUUUGACAAAGAAUCCACUAGUUCUAGCAACAUGGAAUGAUUUAGCUCUGUGCUCCGCAGAUCGUUAUCAUCGCCCCAGUUACUUCAUCUGCAAUCCACGCACAAUGCAUCUGGUUACUCUUCCUCCUGUCCCUCGCUGCGACAGACGUCAGCCUGUGGGAUUCAUUUGUGAGCCUUACUACUAUAAGGAAGACAGGAGUGACAUUGGUGUGCAAAACUUAAGGCAGGUGGUUAAAUUUAAUGGUGAGUUCAGGUUCAAAGUUGUGAGAAUACUUCUGCCUGAUAAACCUCGUAAGACUUGCUUCAAGUUUAAGAUACAGGUUUUCUCUAGUGAGAUUGGUGAGUGGAGGGAAUCAGUUGUACCGUGUCCAAGAGGCUGUCCGUCUUGUGACAUCAGUGUUAAUGGCUUUGCCGGCAAUGGAAUGUUGUAUUGGAAUGCUGAUUAUGGGAUACUGGUGCUGGGUCCAUUUACUAAUGCUGCUGAUGAUCAUGGCUAUCAAUUUCAUGUUAUUUGGACAUUUAUGGAUAAGUUUACUCCAGUUUGCCUAGGCGUUUACGAAGGAUGUCUGCUGUUUUAUGAUUACUGCUCCAGUUCAGAGAAUCCAAUCUUUGAGCUAUGUAUUUGGAAGUUGACAGAAGAAGAACUAAACCAAAUGGCUGUUGAUGGAGGUGGAAAAUUGGGUCGGAAUCACAAGAAACAUUACCUGAACCUUAUGUUUCUGAUGGAUCUUGAUUCAGAUAAUGAUCUGGACCUAAGUGACGCGGAUGUAUUCGGUUUCAAACCAACUAAUUUGGAUAUCUUUUAUGUACGCUUGGGUGAAGCUUAUUUCAAGGGCAACAUUCGCACAGGCUGGUUGUCUGAGGUUGAUGUAAAGAGUUACCACGAUGAAUGUAGCCUCUGUGAUGUUUCUUCAAAGAUAUUCCGCUCUCUGCUCCCAUGGCCAACACCAGUUCCUAGACUGCCAGAACGUGUCGAUGGCCUCAAUUAGAGAAAAUGGCACAUUGUCUGUGGAUUGUUGAAUACUGGCAUCACCAAACUAAAAGCGUCGUCCAGUGUUGCAUAGUUUGAUGUAUUUCUUCUCGUUCACUAUGCUUUUAAAGGUUCUUCAGCCAAAUAUUUUGCUGUAUAGGAGGUAGAUCGCACAUUUUUCUGUUGCAUAG